CCGAAACGAGGCGUGUACUCGCGCAAUCUUGACUCACGUCCCGUCGCAGGUGUACGCUCGCGGGACCGUCUCCUACACGGCUCGCGGUCCACGCGAUUAUUCUAUUAUCAUUUUGUUUUUUCUACUGAUGGUGCUUUAAUCCGGGACCUUGUUUUUUUUUUACUUGUACCUUUGACCAGUGGUUUUGAACUGGAAAAAAAAAGUGCGGAGCAAAAAUGAGGGGGACUCGGGGAGCCGCGAUGCUGCUGCUCUGCUUUAUCGUCGCGGGCGCAAGGUCCCAGGAGAACGCGGUCAAAACCCUACCCUCGGCGCUUUUUGAGUGCUACGACGACGAGACCCACAAGGGGUGGAACCAGCUGCCCCACAACAUCAAAAUCCUCAUCGAGAUAAUCCGCAAGAUCGAGGACCACUCGGCCCAGCACGUGAAUCUCCUGGACAUGCGCUACCUGUCCACGGCCAUCCUACAUCGAUUCCGCCAGGACGGCAUCGUGAGGAAUCCGCACGUCAAAGCGCGCGAGGGUAUACUCCCUUACGCGCCGCUCGGCAAGCAGUUUUUCCGUCACGCGCAGACGCUGAGGGUUAUACCGGGAAACGCCUUCAACUUCCCCAACGACAGCCUCACCCCCAUUGAGAGGUGUACACUCCACUCGAUGUUGAGCAGCAGCAUCGAUAUUUUUGAGCGCGGCGACGAGAGCCGCACGUGCCGGUUCGCCAACUAUGCUUUCCGCAGAUUCGGCAGGAGCACCGACGAACGCAAUGUCAAGGAAGACGUCGAAACCCUCACCGCCGAGCAAAUAGACCUAAUGACCGGUAAGAGCGGCAGAGACGUGGUGGACCCGAACUCCCUGUACCCUGCCUAUCCCAGGAACCAUCCGAGCAGCGAACGCCUCGUCAACACUCCACCGCUCAGCAAGUGCCCCAUCGAGAACGGCGUCGUUCAAACACCGUAA